UGAACGCGGUGUCUCUGUUUACCUGCCGCUGGCUCUCUUUGUCCGCUCCGAGACUCACAGCGGCAGAAAGGAGGACAAUGUCCGCCGUGCAGCUGCUGCGGGUGUCGGUACAUGAGCGGAUCCGCGCCGCCGCUCAACACUUCCUGCUGCGGCUGGAGAAAGGAGAAGAACCGGCUCGAGUCCCGGCGCUGAGAGCGAUGCUCACCGAGCGGCUAACGGCGGAGAUCGUCGCUGUGUUUGAGGAAACCGUGGCGGAGUACGAGGACCGAGUGGAGCGGUCCGAGCGGGAGGUCUGCCGCCAGAGGAGGCUGCUCGAUGCCGUGAUGAAGCCCGAAGUCCGGCUGCACAAAGCAGACGUCCAGCAGCUGGUGCUGAGUAAAGCAGAGGUUCCCCCUGAGCUGCAGCAGUGGAGCCCCCUCAUGGACCAGGAGGACCCAGAGCCCCCCCACAUUAAAGAGGAACAGAAGGAACUAAGGAUCAGUCAGGAGGGAGAGCAGCUGGAGGAGGCUGAUAUAAUAAAGUUCACAUUUACUCCUGUCGCUGUGAAGAGUGAAGAAGAUGAAGAGACACCUCAGUCGUCACAGCUUCAUCAGAGUCAGACUGAGGAGAACCGAGCGAACUGUCGAGGACCAGAACCAGAACCAGCCAGGAACUCAGGUCCUGAGGGACAUUUACUACCAGGUCCUGAAAACAAGACUUCAAACUUCUUUGAGUCUGUGGCUGAAAACAGAGGCGUUGACUGGAGGAAGACCAGGGAAUCUCCAUCUUGUUUUAAUACAAGAAUUAACAAAUUUCCCUGCAACACACUUCCGACCGUGAGGCUCCCUCAAGGCCUGGAGAGGAUCCUGGCUAAUGUUGGAUAUGUGAAUGGAGAGUUGCUCUACAGAGUUCCAGCAGCUUCUCCUCUUGUUGCUGCUGCUUCUCAAGCGAAGCCGCCGGUUCCACAAAAGAGGAGGCGGGCCAACCCGCUGGACGACAGCCGGCCGUACAUCAAGAAGCCGCCCAACGCCUUCAUGCUCUUCAGGAAGGAGGAGCGGCUGAAGGUCGUGGCUGAGCUCAACAACGCCAACAGUGCCGCUGUGAACACCAUCAUUGGACAGAGGAGUCUGUCUGAAGCAGGAGGAACAGGAGGAACAGGAGGAACAGGAGGAACAGGAGGAACAGGAGGAACACGAGGAACACGAGGAACAGGAGGAACACGAGGAACAGGAGGAACAGGAGGAACACGAGGAACACGAGGAACAGGAGGACGGGCUCUGGCUUCAUGUCAGAGCUCGAAAGAGGAAAAAUCAUCUUUCAAGAAAAAGACAGAAAGGAAGAAGAAAGAACCACAGAAGGAAAAGCUGGUGAAGAUCUCAGUGGGUAUCAUGCAGAGGACUAAUGGUCGGCUGCGAGCUGUCAGAGGAAUGGUUCUACCCUUCACAGUGCGACCGCUGGCAGAUGCAGAGGAAUUGUUGAAAGCUGCAAAACAAAAAAUGAAGGAGUUCAUCACGAAUGCGCCUGUCGGCCCCUAUGUCCUGCUCUUUGCUGAUGGUACAGAGAUAACCACUGACCCAGGAACAGCCUUCUCUCUGAAACUCUACAAGGAGGCAGUGAAGAAGUCGUACCAACGCAUCACAGUGUACCUUUGUACGGUUAAAGACCAUUCCGAGCAUCUGAGCAACACGAGAGCCUCCGAGGAGAAGAGGUCCAGAACUCCCAGUUGAUCCAGUUUGGAACCAGGAGGCUCAUCAGAGGCACUGACACUGGUUUAUUGUAGCUUCUCUCAAGUCUUAAAUACAACCGUGAUAUAUCUUCUAUUUGCAGGUUUUUGACCCGACCUUGAACAGAAUACUCAAGUCCAGAACCAAGUCCAGAACCAUGUCCACAAAAUCUGGUUUUAUUGUUUGAACCAGAGAAGAGAGAACAUGACGUAAUAGUUCAAAUAAGAAACAAACACGUUGAAGUGCUACGAGCGUCUCUCCACAGAGCAAAGGACACGUUGUGGGUUCAGUUUGUGUCCUCGACCUGAUGUCAGGUCAGUGCUCAACACCAUCUUCUGCUGGAGCAGGUGUUUCCUGUGAGACUUGAUUCUGAAGCUGAACCACAGAUUGAGACCACGGCUGCUGCCAGCGGCCUGUUUGUGUAUUUCUUGUUAAUAUAUUGACUGUAUGAAGUUACUGCAUAAUCAUCGUCCAUCGCCAUAAUAAACUUUGGACCAAAUUUGUCUGUAUUAA